CCCAAAAAAUAAAAAAUGAGAAAACUCCAGAGUACCAAAAAGUGAAUACCGAGAAGUAAAAGGGCUACGGAAGAAAGGACUUUUAAAAUAAGCCGGACCCCCAUUAAGAAAUUCCUCUGGCGACAGUAACAGCUAACGUGCUCCUUCUCUCUGCCGUCGCCUUCGCAUCAUCUCUGCAACUGCAACUGCAGCUGCAAGCUCCUCCUCUCUCUCUCUCUCUCUCUCUCUCUAAGCUGCCGGCGAGGUUGAAGACGAGCGGACGAGCGGACGAGCGAACGAGCGAGCGAGCUUCAUGAAGCUGACUGGAAACUAGAGAGCAAUGUUCAGGCUACACAAGCAGAAGUCCGACGAAUUGCGCGAGAGAUUCGAUUUCCAGCUCUCCAACCUCAAGGCGCUUCAGGUACCAAAAGGAUGGGACAAACUUUCUUUGUCUAUUAUCUCAGUGGACACAGGAAAAACUAUAAAAAGGUUGGAAAAAGUGCCAGUCUGGAAUGGAAAUUGUCAAUGGUCAGAGACCAUAUCAAAAUCAAUCUUGAUAUCAAAGUAUGAUGGUCCAAAAGAUGUUGAAGGGUGCCUAUUUAAAUUUGUUGUCACAAUGGGAUCAUCUAGAUCCAGUAUCCUUGGAGAGGCAUCAAUCAACCUGGCAAACUAUAUUAGCUCAAAAGCUUCUGUUCUUGUUUCAUUACAGCUGAAGAAGUGCAAUCAAGGAACAAUUUUACAAAUGAAAAUACAUUGUUUAACUCCAAAGAUGAGGGAUGACUGGAAAGAUUCAAAUUCAUCACUUGAUGAGGCAAGCAUUGACUAUGACGAUGUGGAUAACAAAUCUGAUGUAUCUGACAGUAUUUUUGUCCGCAGUGCUGGAUCUUCAUCUAGUAAUUACAUGGAUAGUCCAUCUCAUUCAGAAGAAUUUGGAAGAAAGGAUUCAACUGGAUCUAACACUGGUUCUGCUUAUGGCUCCAACUCCGGUGAUAUUCCUGCUAAUUCAAACAACUCCUCAUUCAAUUCAAAUGUCUGGAGAUCAGGACAUUCUUUGGAAAAAGAAAACAGAGAGUUCCGUCGAUUUUCACAGCCCUCCAUGUCACCCUUGCGCAAUGGGGGUUCAUCCAAAGACCUGAUUGAAGCUGUGGAAGUCACGGUAGAGGAACUUAGGGCAGAAGCUAGGAUGUGGGAGAAAAAUGCCCAAAAGCUGAUGGUUGACAUUGAAAAAUUGCAAAGGGAGUCCUUGAACCAGUCUGAGCACCAAGAAACUCUCAAGUUGGAACUGUCUGCAUCACGUACAGAGUGCCACAGCCUGAAGCAGGAAAUAGAGCGGCAAAAAAUUCUGCUAGAAGAUUUGAUGAUGAAACAAACAGCAAUGGACAGUUUGAAGUUACAAGAAAAAGGUGCAGACAAUCUUCAGAAAGAGCUGGAAGAAGAAAUCAAGUUCCAAAAGGAGACAAAUGCCAAUUUGGCUUUACAACUAAAGAAAACCCAAGACUCCAAUAUUGAGCUUGUCUCCGUUCUUCAAGAAAUGGAAGAUACCAUAGAGAAACAGAAGAUGGAAAUUGCUGAUCUUUUAUCUGCAAAAUCAGAAGUCACUUUAACUGAAAAUGUUUCCACUGAGGAGAUAAAAUUGUAUGAUGCAUGCACACCUGAUUCUGUGUUUGCACAACCCAUUAGUGAUGUGUUUCCACGAUUUCAUCUGGAUGGCACCAAAAGUUUUAACCUCUGGCAACCAAGAUUUAUGGAGAAACAGAACUUGGAAAGUGCCAUGAAAUUUCUGCAACCAAUGUCGGAGGAGAAAGGAGAUAGUGAAAAUGACCAAGAUUGCAAGACCAAAACAAUGGUUGAAUGUGAGGCAGGAUGGAUAAAUAAAUCGACUCUGAAUGAGGUGGAUGUCGAGAGCAUUAAAGAAAUGUCACCUGAAGCACUCGAUUCUCAAGUCUUUGAGGAAGUCAGCUGUGAAGAUGCAAGUUAUACCGAUCUGAGAAAGCAAAUUAAGUCUUUAAAGUUGAAGGUGCAGGAGCUUGAGAAAGACUGCACUGAACUUACAGAUGAAAACCUGCAGCUAAUAUUUAAGCUCAAAGAUUUGCACCCUCAGAACACGGCUUCUGCUUCAAAUAUAAUCCCAAAUGACAGAAAAGAAAUUGAAAGUCGUCAGUCAGAAAUAGCCAGACUGAAUUUGAAAGUAUCCGAGCUUCUGGAGGAACUAAAGGAGAAGGAGAUUCUCUUCGAAGAAUUAUCUUGUGACCAUAGGGGGUGCAUUUCUUUCCGGGAUAAAUGUGCUGAACUGGAAUUGCAGUUGCAAUCUCUCAAGGAUAAAGGUUCUCUUUUUGAUGUUGAACCUUGCAAAGGUUGCACAAAAGCAGAAGACAAGGAAAUUGAGAUCGCUGCCUUGCAUCGGCAAUUGGAGCAUUAUCAAGAGCAGCUUCAAGUUUCAGCAAACACCGUAAAGCAGCUGCAGGAACAGCUCACUCUUUGUUUGCCUCAAAAUGUUGUAAGUAAUUAUGCUAUAUAUUAUCUAGACAUGCUACAGAGUAUAUAUAGUAGUGACCUAAAAAACCAUGAUGAUGAUAUACUGAACAAGUUUGUACAUUUAAAAAAAUUAAUCAAAAUAAGAAUUGGAGACUUAAAGGAUAAAGAGUCGGAAAAAGAAGAAUCCAGGCCAAGAACCAUGAGUGGAGAUGGAACUGGGGAAGACCUUCCUCCCUAUGACAUGGAAGAAGACAGAGUCUUGACUCUUGAUGAGGAACUCAGUGCUCUUCACAUUGAACUGGAACCGAGACUCAGAGAUUUGAGUGAAAAGAUGCUGGAAAUUUUUAUUGAGAUGGACAAGUUGAAGGCAGACAACAUACUCAAGACGGAAGAGGUCAAGACUCUACAGCAUCUACAAAAGGAGUUGGAGACUCAGUUAUGUAAUUUUGAGCAGGAAAAUUCGAAGGUGGAUAAUAAAAUGAAAGGUACUGAAAGAGGUAGUGAUAGCGACUGCAGCUUUUGUCCUUUGCAUGAAGGCAAGAUGGUUCAUGCUAGCAGCAUGGGUCCACAGGUUUCAGCUGACAAGGUUAUUGGAAAAUGGUCAGAGCUAGAGGGCGAAAAAAAUGAACUCGAAAUUCAUUUAUCAGAACUAGAAGAAGAAAACGUACGGCUAUCUGAAAGGAUAUGUGGCCUGGAAGCUCAACUACAAUAUUUGACUGAUGAAAGGGAGUCAAGCCGUUUGGCAAUCCAGUUUUCUGAAUCUCAAUCAUCAAAUUUCCAGAGUGUCAUAAAGAAAUUGGAAAUUGAGAUGGAAGCACAGAAGGUUACUGCGAAACAAAGGUUACAAGAAAUUCAUAAGCAGUUACUAGAAGCUCAAGAAGAGUGCAAGUAUCUAAAAGUUGCAAAUAUGAAAGUGCAGGCUACUGCUGAAAAUCUUAUCGAGGAAUGUAGCUCACUUCAGAAAUUAAACGGAGAAUUGAGAAAGCAGAACAUAGAGUUGCAUGAGCGCAUUACUUUCUUGGAAGCAGAACUUGCCGAAUCCAAUGAGGCCUUUUCUCAUCUUUCAAAUGAAAUUGAAGUUUUAGAAGAAAAGUUUGAUUCCUUACUGGAAGAAAGCACCUUGAAAGAGAAAGCUCUAAAUUCUGAACUCAAUGCACUUCUUCUUGAAAACAGGAGACUAGAUAACAUUUUUAUUCGGGAAGCCAGAACAGACACUGUCAAGGAUUCUGAAGAGGAAACUGAACAUCCAGAAAGUAUGGUUAAUAACAUCCAGUUGGAAUAUGAAGAAAAGGUACUAGGCCUUAUUGGGGAGCUGGCAUCUUCCAAGCAAAACCAGGAAGUUUUGAUUGAUGGCCAUCAUAAGUUGAUAACUUUGCUUGAAGAUGUAAAAUCUAAUGAAAGCAAACUGAGAAAUGCUGCUAGAAGUCUUGCAAUGAAACUAAAAGCUUCUGAGUAUGAGAGAGUGCAGCUCUUGGAAGAGAUCUCUUGCCUUAAGGUUCAGCUACAGAAGAUUGAACUGCUUCAGAAUGAAGUUUUGGCUCUCAAGAAAACAAUCAGUGAGACAACAUUCGAAAAGGAAAGGCUAGAAACCUCACACCAUGUAUUACUGGCAGAUUUUGAAGAAAUGAAAGUGGAGAGAGAGUCAUUUGUUGAGAAGAUCUCGACUAUACAAAAGGCUUUGUCUGAACUAGAAGAAUGCAAACAUGCUAAAGUUGCCCUUCAGGAAAGGAUCUUACGCCUUGAGGGAGAUUUAACUGCCAGAGAAGCUUUAUUUGCCCAGGAAGCUGAGCUGAAAAAUGAGGUUGCUCGGAUGAAGAGAUCUUAUAGCCAGCUCCAGAGGAGAACGAAGUGCCUGGAAGAAGAGAAAGAAGAAUGCCAGAAGAGUGCUCAAGCAGUGCAGGAGCAGGUGAAACAUAUGAAGGAAAUGGGAUAUGAUAUAUACAAGCCUGGGAAUACAAGUUGUCUUCCAGUUAGCUAUGAAGUAAAGCCCCCACUGAAUUGCCAGAUUAGUGAGGUGCAACAAAAGCAGUCACCUGCAGAAGAUAUUCAAGUGCAACACUUUCCGGAUGAUCAAGGGCAUCUAGAAGUAGAUCAACUCUGUGAAGAGAACAAUAAACAGAGAAAGUGCACGGAUGACCCAGAUCUAUCAUUGAAGAUCUCAAUUCUUCAGAAUGAGCUGGCUGAGGUUUUAGAGGCCAACGAUAUGUAUAAAAUGCAGCUUAAGAGUUUGUUGUCCACAAACAAUCCCUCACAUAUGCCGAAACGCAUGACAGAAGAUGCAUUGCUGGAGACACAACCAGGGCAGGACAAAUCAUCACUUGAGGAAGAAUUGAUACAUUUACGGGAGAGCUACCUGCAGAUGAGCCUCAGAUAUGCAGAGGCAGAGGCUCAGCGCGAGGAGCUUGUGAUGAAACUCAAGGCAAGAAAUGCCGAAACGAACUAAUAAGCCAGGAACGUGCUUUUGGGUGAAGUUUGUCCUCUCUCUUGACCCAUUUACUGCUAAUUUUUGGAUCAAGUACUCAUCUUCACCAGUUUUAACAAAAAAAUUCACACACAAGGAAACAAUUGAUGUAGUAUUUGUUCAGGAUAACAAAAAGACACGUGUAUAGGAGCUGUGCAUUAGUAAGUAUAGAAGAGAAUACACGAGAGCUUUAGGGACAGUUUCUUUCUGUAGGCAUUUGAAGUCCCACGGUGACAGUGAUACAUGUAAGUUCGGAAUUUGCAAUUCAAUUGGGGCAUAACGCAUACUUCAUUCUCCGAAGCCAUGUUUGGGCAUGAUUGGAAUCAUCAUUGUCAAUAUUUUCUGUAAAUGAGUCAAUAGGACGUUCUUUUUCCCAUUUUUGGAGAGCUUGUCUAGAAAAUAUACCCACGCUCGUGAAGACAGUCGAAAAGUUUCCCUCACUUUACUUCUAAUAUCCCUGUAAACCAUAACCAUACAUUUCCAUGGAGAAGAAGUCAUUAUCAUACUUCUCUAUUGGAAUUUUCAUUAUUGUGCUUUUCAAGAUUCUUCUGCUAGUCAUAUAGCUUAAUCA